AUGCCCGGCCUUCCACUUUCAGAGCUGUCUGCUCCGUCUUACUCCCCCGGCUAUGCCCCAGAUGGCGUCGAGGAGGAGGAUCAGAGCCAGAUCGUCUCGAUGACGACCCGGAGAAAGCCCAAGUUCCUACAGUACCCGCCGGACGUGCCGCGUAUGACCCGGCUUGGUCCUUGCACUUUCGGCGUCAACACCGGGCCUGUGGCCGAUAAUGCUGAUCUGACCAAGCUUACGGUCCCCAUGCUCAAGGAACAGCUUGGCUUGCGAGAUAUGCCCGAAGGUGGCAAUAAAAAGGAUCUGAUCGAGCGACUGAGAAACUGGAAGACUUACAAGCCCGAGACCGUCGCUGUCAGAGAGGCACCCGACCGCCAAGUCUUCGGUCCCAUCUCUUACAAUAGGAGCGUCACGGGAAUUACGCGCUUCUGGGUCAAGCCAGAUGAGAAGGAUCACAUCAGCGCUGCCAAGAAAGCCAUGGAGGAAUCGAUGUACAUCAUCAAGCAGCAGGACAACCAUGACGGCUCGCCAGGAUUGACUGUCGGCGUUUAUUCUGAGAUGGGCUCCGACAAUUACCAGGUCACCAUUGGGAACAAGACUUCUUGCAACUGCUCGAGCAUUACGUUCCGACCCAAGAGCAACUGCAAGCACAUCAUUUACGUCCUGACACAUAUUCUCCGUGCCCCUGCCGAGCUUCUCCCGCAGAGGACCCUCUUUACCGAGGAGCUCAUGAAGCUCCUUGACCACGCGCCCAAGGUACGCUUCACUGCGGCUGAGGUCAGCACCGACCCCUGCAUGUCGGAUGGCGUUCCAAAGUCCAAGGACGGCAACUGCUGCCCGGUCUGCUUCAAGGACAUUGGCGAAGCGCAGACUGCUUGCUGCGGAAAGUGCGGCUACCAUACGCACUCUUCCUGCUUCGACAUCUAUGCGCGGGAGCUCAGCGGUUGGGGCGUCGACUGUGCCGUUUGUCAGGGUGCAUGGUCGCCCGCAGCCGUCUAG